AUGCAGACGAAUGAACCAAGCUGGGAUGUGCCGACCGGUCGGAGAGAUGGGUGGGUUUCUCAGGCCUUUGACACAUUGAAUCUACCGGCGUUCGACUUCGUGGACGUGCAGAAGAAGAAGUUCGCCAAUUUCGGGUUGAGCACUCAAGAUCUUGUUAUUCUUGUCGUAAAGUAUAGCUGCCACACGAUCGGAACAUCGGCCUGCCAGUUCUUCAGCUACAGGCUAUACAACUUCACAAACACGACGGCCAGCAGAGCCAACCCGUCAAUCAUCCCAUCCUUCCUUUCCCAGCUCCAAUCGCUCUGCCCCCGGGGAGACAGCUCCAGGAGGGUCACCCUCGAUACAGGAAGCCCCGACCGCUUCGACAGUUCGUUCUUCACAAACCUCAGAAACGGUUGCGGGAUCCUUGACUCCGAUCAGAAGCUCUGGACGGAACCCACCACGAGGGCGUUUUUGCAGCAGUUCUUGGCGUUCGGGGGCCCUAGUGGACUGAACUUCAACGCCGAGUUUGGUCAGGCGAUGAUUAAGAUGAGCAAUAUCGGUAUCGAGACUAGAGCUGACGGAGAAAUAAGGAAGAUAUGUUCUACGAUAAAUAAAUUUCAAAUUGCUGGUUAUUAG